AACGAAUACCGCACGGCAAGAGUUGCAGAGAUCCUGGACGAUUUCCGAACCCUUCAGUACUACAUUGCUGCGGCACCGACCUCACCGAUCAACUCCGAAGACCACUACACUGAAGGUUGGGCAGCGCUCAGGCAGUGCGCCAUCGACGGUCAGCACAUCCUCGAAUGCGCCGCAGACACGAGCGUCCCCAAUGCCUCCGGCGGCGAGGAGGAGCAAAGGAGAGCCGAACUCAAGCAGGUUUACCUCGAUGCUUAUGCUAGGCGCCACGAGGGGCAGAAGAUCUACCUCCGGCAGGCGGCAGCGCAGAGAUGGAUAGAACGACGAGACUACAUUCUGCAGGGAGGACGACCAGGGUCCAAGAACCGCAAACACCUCCAGGCUUCCGAUAACCAGUUCCGACAAGAACUUGCGAGCAUCACAGACGAAGCUGUUUACUCGGACUUGCAGGCUUCUGACAUGGGCCUCGGUCGCUGGACGGCAGAGGACCCAAGCUUGAGAGCUGUCCUGCGCUGGCUGCGCGCCCGACGA